AUGGCCAUCCACCUUGGGGAUGAGGUUCCGGACUUCCAGGCGGAGACGACCAACGGUCCGAUCGAGUGGCACAAGUACAUAGAUGGCAGCUGGGCGAUCCUCUUCAGCCACCCCGCGGACUACACCCCGGUCUGCACCACAGAGCUGGGCACCGUCGCCGCGCUCAUGCCCGAGUUCGAGAAGAGGGGUGUGAAGGUCGCCGCGCUGUCUUGCAACGACACGGAGUCGCAUUUGGGAUGGGUCAAAGACAUUGAGGCCACUGAGUGGAGUUCCGAGUCCAAGGUAUCGUACCCAAUCAUCGCAGACCCUGGCCGCGAGCUCGCCACCUUGUAUGGUAUGCUCGACCCAGAUGAGAAGAGUGCGGCUGGACUGCCCAUGGCUUGCAGGGCCGUGUUUAUUAUCGGACCCGACAAGAAGCUCAAGCUUUCCCUCCUGUACCCUGCCAGCACUGGCCGAAACUUCACUGAAGUCUUGAGGGUGAUCGACUCACUGCAGCUCACAGUCAACCACAGCGUUGCGACGCCUGUCAACUGGAAGCACGGCGACAAGUGCAUGGUGCUUCCCACGCUGAGCGAUGAAGCCGCCAGGAGCAAGUUCGGCAGCUAUGAUGUGGUGGAAGUGCCUUCGGGCAAGAAGUACAUUCGCAUGACGGAAGACCCAACGCCCAACUGA